AUGAUGAUCCAAAUCGCACGAGAAGCUGUGGAGGCGACUCCACAAGAUUCUUUGAAACGAGCAGUACGGUUAGAGGCCCUUGGAUGUCAACUCAGGGAUAGAUAUUUGAUAUCUGGGUUGAUGGCUGACCUUGAAGAAUCAAUUCAACUCGCACGUAAAGCUCUCAGUAUAGUUUCAGAGCAUCACCCACAUCACCCAUACCGGACAAUGUAUCUACUCAGCCUCCGAGCUCGACUGAGCGAUAGAUAUACACGACUAGGUGUGCUGGCCGACCUUGAUGAAGAAAUUCAACUCGCACAAGAAGCUCUACAUAUAACCCCAAAAUAUCGCCAAGGCCGGCCCUCCCAGCUACAAAACCUUGGGAUUUGCUUUCGAGAUAGGUAUCAGAGAAUAGGAGCGAUGGCCGACCUUGAGAAAGCAAUCCAAAUCACGCGGGAAGCUGUUAAGGCGACUCCAGAAAAUGACCUAAUUCGGGCAAGCAUGUUGAAGAGUCUCAGCAUUGUUCUUGGAGACAGACAUAAAAGAAAAAAAGAAAUGGCCGACCUUGAAGAGGCCAUUAAAGUCGCACGAGAAGCCGUUCACGCGAAUUCAGCCGAGCUUCGAAAGCGUGAAGUAUGGUUGAAUAACCUUGGCAUUUGGCCCGGGGACCCCGAGCGGGCAAGGCUCUCAAACAACCUUGGAAAUCUACUCUACGAUAAAUAUGUCAGAAUCGGAGCGAUAGCGGACCUUCGAGAGUCAAUCCAAUACACACGGGAAGCCGUUAGUCUGACUCCAGAAGAUCACCCAGACUGGAUGUACUUUUUGCACAAUCUUGGCAAUAGACUAAGGUCUAGCUACUUAAAAACAGGAGCAACACCUGAUCUUGAGGAAGCACUCCAAUUUGCACGGCGAGCUGUGGAUGCGAGUCCGGAAGACCACCCAGACCGAGCACUAGUGUCAUCCUACCUCGGCAUCAUACUUCAAGAUAGAAAUUUGAGAAAUAUGACCGAGAUCGAUGAAGCAAUCCAAAUCGGACAGCAAGCUAAAGAUGCGAGCUCAGAAGAUCAAGAUCAAGCAAAACGGAUGACCGGCCUUGUGACUAGAGCUGGCGAUAGGGACUCGGGAACAGGAAUGAUGAACGAUAUCGAAGAAGCGAUUUUACACCAUCAAGCUGCUCUCCAUCAGUCUAACGCCCCCACUUUGAUUCGCAUUGGAGCGGCCGAGGAUAUCGUUAGAUGUUGCUUACUCAAAUCAGACUGGCAGCAAGCUUGCGAGGGAGCAGCCAUGGGUGUUCAUCUCAUUCCUAAACUCAUCUCACGAUCACUGCCAAAUUCCGAUAAACAGCAUCUGCUUAGCGAUAUAGCCGGCUUCGCUUGCGAUGCAACCGCAAUAGCACUGCAGGCAGGAAAAUCCCCGCUCGUUGCGCUGAACCUACUUGAACAGGGACGCGGCGUGCUUGCAGCAUCUCUUGAGGAGAUGCGGACGGAAAUUCUCGAUCUGGAGGCGAGUCACCCUGAUCUGGCAGAUAAAUUCGUCCAGCUUCGAGAUGAAUUACAGCCGUCCAUCUCACAAGAGCUCUCUGUGGCGGAUUUAAAUCCCGGGACUUCCUCGCAAGGCUACAUGAAUCGACAUUCUGCCGCAGAUCGUGAGCUCGAUGAGCUAAUUCUCAAAAUUCGCCAACAACCCGGGUUCGAAGACUUCCUAAUUCCUCCCAGUGAAGAGGGAAUGCAAAAUGCUGCGAGGUAUGGCCCUAUUGUCGUUGUCAACGUCAGCAACCAUCGCUGCGAUGCACUACUCAUUACGCAACAUCAGAUACAGUCUUUGGCCUUACUCCGCCUAAAAAGCGAGGAGAUCGAGGAGAAGGCACAGAGAGGUGGCUUGGGGAGUCAUAGAGUCCUAUCAUGGCUAUGGGAGGCCGUUACAAACCCGAUUCUAGACACUCUAGGGUUCACUCAACCUCCUUCUCAUGAUAAAUGGCCGCAUAUAUGGUGGAUUCCUACCGGUCUCCUAAGCAAAUUUCCUCUCCACGCAGCUGGGCUUCAUGGCGAAGGUUGCACCAAAACAGUCCUCGAUAGGGUCAUGUCGUCCUACAGCUCGUCCAUCAAGGCUAUCAUACAGGGUCGCCGGCGUCGUGCACUAGAAGCCACACCAACGGCUCCGAAUCAUGCGCUUCUUGUCGCUAUGCAGGAUACACCAGAACAUCCUAGGCUUAAUUUUGCCGCAAAAGAGGUAGAGAUGCUACAAGACGUUUGCAAGUCAAUGGACUUUGAUCCUAUUGUACCAAGAGUAAGACGACACAAGCAAGAUAUCAUCUCGCAUCUUCCGAGCUGUAAGAUAUUCCAUUUCGCUGGUCAUGGCCAUACAGACGACGACGAUCCUUCACAUAGCUAUUUGCUCCUGGAAGAUUGGAAGAGCGACCAGUUAACGGUGGCUACUCUGUUGGAGAUGAAUCUUCGCCAGCGCUCACCAUUCCUCGCCUACCUCUCGGCUUGCGGUACUGGUGAGAUCAGAGACGAAAGGUUCUAUGAUGAGAGCAUCCACCUGAUCAGUGCUUGUCAACUGGCGGGAUUUCGCCACGUCAUUGGCACUCUGUGGGAGGUCAAUGAUGAGUCCUGCGUGGAUAUGGCGAGAUUCACGUACGAGGGGAUAAGAGAUGGAGCCAUGACAGAUGAGUCGGUAUGCCUAGGGCUACAUAAAGCUACUAGAGAGCUUCGAGACCGUUGGCUACGUGUGCCAGCAAAGACCAGACGUAGGAGCCCAUCGACUAGAAAGGUAUACACGCCUGUAGGGGAGGAUAGUAUAGGAGCAAUAACUACGAGUGAUGGGGAUCAGCGUGAUUCCAGGCUGCCGAGAAAGAUUGUUUUAGACGACUCGGAUGAUGAGGAGGAUGACCGGCUACAACACUGGGUUCCCUACGUCCAUUUUGGCGUAUGAUUUGGGAUAGUCUACUUCAGCCGCAACCAGUCCUUCAUUUCGAGAAUAGGGUUACGGGAUUAUGCUACAAGUGUUGUAGCAUACUUCAGCGAGCGUUUGUACGAAUGCGGAAAUUCAAUGCAGCCCAAUCGUCUGAUAAACCAUCAUGGCCUCGUCCCC